AAAUAGAGUUGCUCCGGCUCUCUCUUCUUUUUGUUUGGAGAGAUCUGCAGCCAUGCCUGAUCCGUCCAAAUCGGCGCCCGCGCCCAAGAAGGGCUCCAAGAAGGCCGUCACCAAGGCGCAGAAGAAGGACGGCAAGAAGCGCAAGCGCAGCCGCAAGGAGAGCUACUCCAUCUACGUGUACAAGGUGCUCAAGCAGGUGCACCCCGACACUGGCAUCUCGUCCAAGGCCAUGGGCAUCAUGAACUCCUUCGUCAACGACAUCUUCGAGCGCAUCGCCAGCGAGGCCUCCCGCCUGGCGCACUACAACAAGCGCUCGACCAUCACGUCCCGCGAGGUGCAGACGGCCGUGCGCCUGCUGCUGCCCGGCGAGCUGGCCAAGCAUGCCGUGUCCGAGGGCACCAAGGCUGUCACCAAGUACACCAGCUCCAAGUGAGGCGCACCGGCCGCCCCGGAACCCAAAGGCUCUUUUCAGAGCCACCCACACAAUCGAAAAAGGGUUUCGAACACGGUCAAGGAUUGUUAUGUGAACCAA